AUCAAACAACCAGCAUCACGCCCAACAACGUCACUCAGCCAUUGACCUCCCCCACGCCAUCUCAUCGCCGAAUCGAAUCCCCCUCGAGAUCUCGACGAUACGGUAAAACAUGACAUUUAUCCGCGCUGCUGUCGCGCCCCUGCGCGCCGCACGCUGCAUUCGACAACCCCUCUCCUCCAGAGGUUUCUCCGUGUCCGCCCGACGACAAGGAGGCGGCGGCGAGCACCAAUUCGAUCCUCCUACCGGCUGGCUCUGGGGUGUCAAGCCUGGUGAGAAGCCCGAGCCCGAGGGCUGGGAGUGGCCUACCUAUAUUCUUCUCGGCAGCCUUGCCGCCACCGCCGUUGCGCUCGCCUUCAAGCCCGAUACUACUGUCUCUACCUGGGCCCUUGAGGAAGCACGAAGGAGGUUAGAGGAGGAGGGAAUCCUGCCCGACCCAUCCAAGCAGGACAAGAAGAACUAAGCGGAGGUUACGACAUACUGACAGGGGGAAAUCCGGUCAAUUGUACAUGUUAUUUUGCAUUUGAAGAAUGGUAUUGCUAGAGGUUUUGGUCUUGAGGUAUUACUGUCCGUCUAAUCGGGACUGUGACAUAACCUCUGACCUUUGCUAGUAUCGCUGAUUGUGAGCCUUAACAAGCAAUUGUGGCAAAGCA